CUUAGGAUAACUUGAAAGUUUUUAUCAUGGUGAUUUUAUAAUUAUUGUACUUGAAAUCGUCAAAUCCAUAAAUUAUCAUGGGUUGUGGCUGCUCAUCUGAAGGGCAAAAAAUCGCCAGCUAUAUUUUUAUGUUUGAGAGAUUUGGUUCGUCAAUAGCACUUACUCUGAUUGUCUGCUGCAUGAUGCUGACGACUGUAGGCAUGCUGUCUUUAGGCAUCGGCCUGGGAUACAACUAUUGCUUUGUCGACUUCAAAGUGAAAAAACUUUACGAAACUGAUACUCCUAGAAGGUCGCUGAUAAGAAAAAGGAAGUCAAUUCCGGACGAACUAAAUUUCACAGCAGAAUUUGACGAAGACAAUUUCAACAUUGAACCAACGAUGAUAAUCCCUUUGGAUAGUAAUAUUAGUUUCUCAAUGCUGAUUUCGAAAAUUAAAAAAAUGAAUAAAAAUAUAACAUUAGAAUUGCUAGCAACGUAA